CUUUUGUGUCUAUUAUCACAGGUCCGCCAGGACCAAACCCGAUUAAGUUGAUGCGAAGGAUUACGCAACCUGUUCUUGUUUUAUGGGGCAAUGAAGAUCCUUUUACACCACUUGAUGGUCCUGUUGGAAGGAAGUGGUGGAGGAGUAGGAGAAAUGGUAGUAUUUGACCCUUUAUAUCCAACCCGGUGAUGUCCUGCUGAGGGUGAGGAGACUCGGUAAUGUAUCAAAACUGAUUAUAAAAUAACUCUCCAUUGAGGUUGAAUUUCAUUUUAUGUCUUUUCAUCUUUGGGUUGUUUUUGAAUAACAAUGGUGGGUCGAGGAAUUAUGCUCUUGUUGCUUGUUGGGUUGUUCCAGUUCUUGACUGUAGAAGCAGCAACGGACCCUCAGGAUUUUGCAGUUCUGAGGUCCUUCAAGACUCAGUGGCAGAACAUUCCACCCAAUUGGGUCGGCUCGGAUCCUUGCGGAGAAGGUUGGGAAGGAAUUAUCUGCACAGAUUCACGCGUUUUUUCCAUUCAAUUAUCUAUCAUGGGUCUGAAAGGUCAGCUUUCUGGGGACAUUGGGUCUCUUACUGAGUUACAAACUUUGGAUUUAUCAUACAACACGGGACUAACUGGCCCCCUUCCACCAUCAAUUGGGGAAUUGAAGAAGCUGACGAAUUUAUCUCUGAACUCUAACAGCUUCAAUGGAAAUAUACCUCCUACCAUUGGCGGUCUAGCUAGUCUAUAUUGGUUGGAUCUAGCUGAUAACCAACUUAGUGGUAGCAUCCCAGUCUCCAACGAGAACACCACUGGUCUAGAUAUGCUAACCCACACCAAGCACUUUCAUUUCGGCAAGAAUCAGCUUUCUGGCCCCAUCCCAGAUAAACUUUUCAGCUCAAACAUGAAGCUGAUACAUGUGCUUUUUGAAGAUAACAAAUUUACUGGAACUAUCCCUGCAACUCUUGGACUUGUGAAAACUCUGGAGGUUCUACGUCUUGACAGGAAUUCGUUAAGCGGGAAUGUCCCUACAAAUCUCAAUAACCUUACUAGCGUUAGUGAGCUUCAUUUGUCCAACAAUCAUUUUGUUGGCCCAUUUCCAGAUCUAAGUGGAUUGCAAGUUCUCAAUUUUAUGGACUUGAGCAAUAAUACUUUUGCAGUGUCAGAUUUUCCAUCAUAUAUCUCAACCUUGAAGUCCUUGACCACAUUGGAGGCGGAGAACACAAAUCUUCAAGGACUACUCUCUCCGUCUUUUUUUGUGCUCCCACAGUUACAGACUUUGAAUCUAAAGAAAAACCUGCUCAAUGGCUCCCUGGAUAUCGGCAGCAGCUUCAGUGACCAAUUGGAGCUUAUUGAUCUGCAGAGUAAUUCUAUUACAGGUUAUGUUGAAAAAGGUGGUUACCAAAACGAGUUACGACUCAUGGAUAAUCCAGUUUGCAAAGGAUCAAUUGGAGUCACAGCUAAAUACUGUCAUCUUCCAACACACUCAUCUCCUUCAUAUUCAACUCCUAAUAAUUGUGUGCCUAGUCUCUGUACUAAUGGCCAAAGCAGCAGCCCUAACUGUGAAUGUUCAUACCCCUACAGUGGUACCCUAUUCUUCAGGUCCCCAUCCUUCUCAGACUUGGGAAACACCUCAUAUUACACUUCUCUCCAGAAUGCACUUCUGCGGUCAUUUCAGACACACGACGCUCCUGUGGAUUCGGUUUCUCUUAGUAACCCAAGGGAAGAUGCAGAUAGUUACCUUGAAGUGAGUCUGCAAGUCUUUCCAUCUGAUAAACAAAGUUUUGGUCGAUCAGAGAUUGCCAAAAUGGGUUUCAUGCUCAGCAACCAAACGUUCAAACCUCCAAAAACCUUUGGACCCUACUUUUUCAUUGCCUCACAGUAUGGAAACUUUGCUGAAUCGGUGUCACCUGGUGCACCAAAGAAAAUGAGACUUUGGAUUAUUGUUGGAGCAUCAGUUGGUGGAUUUAUACUCCUGGCACUGAUCUUUAUAGGAAUAUAUCUCUGUUGUAGAAAGAGAACAGUGACAACAGUUAAUGAACACCGGGAUGUUUCUGAGCCUCGUCAUUCUGGUGCUACAUCUUGGGAUCCCACAAGAAGUGUUGGUACUUUUCCCCAGCUGAAAGGACCAAAGGUCUUCUCUUCUAAUGAACUUCGGAAUGCCACAAACAACUUUUCCAAGGCCAAUGACAUUGGCUCUGGAGGGUAUGGAAAGGUUUACAGAGGAACCCUUGCCUCCCGACAACUGGUUGCAAUUAAAAGAGCUCUGCCACGAUCUUUACAAGGCGAUAGCGAACUCACAACCGAAGUCGAGCUUUUGUCAAGGGUUCAUCAUAAGAACCUUGUGAGCCUUGUGGGUUUCUGUUUCGAAGGCAAGGAACAAAUGUUGGUGUAUGAAUUUGUUCCAAAUGGCACUCUGAAAGAGAGCCUUUCAGGGAAAUCUGGAGUCCGGUUAGAUUGGAAUAGGAGACUUAGAGUUGCCCUUGGUGCAGCAGAAGGUCUUUCCUAUCUUCAUGAUCUUGCAAAUCCUCCCAUAAUACAUAGGGAUAUUAAGACAAAUAAUAUUCUCUUGGAUGAACGUUUAAAUGCGAAGGUUGCUGAUUUUGGUCUCUCCAAGCCCAUGCCUGACAGCGAAAAUGGUCAAAUUGUUACCCAAGUUAAGGGGACAAUGGGGUACUUGGAUCCUGAAUAUUACAUGAGCAACCAGUUAACAGACAAGAGUGAUGUUUACAGCUUUGGAGUUGUGUUGCUGGAGUUAUUAACUGCACGAGUUCCAUUAGAAAGAAAUAGAUACAUUGUAAGUGAAAUAAGGGUCGCGAUGGAUAGGGAAAGAGAUCGAUAUGGUCUCAGUGAGCUACUAGACCCAGCCUUAGGUUUAACAAACCCGUUGAAAGGAUUGGAACAAUUUGUGGAUCUAGCAAUGUGGUGUGUUGAAGAAACUGGUGAUGAACGUCCUACUAUGAGCGAGGUCGUAAAAGAAAUUGAAAGAAUAAUGAAGAUGGCUGGAAUGAGCACGAAAACUGAUUAUGCGACCUCAGGAGCUUUUGAUACUACAAGUACGAGGAGUUAUCAUCCUUAUCACAAUAAUAAUGUAGCAUCUUUUGAUUACAGUGGUGCUUACACACCUUCAAGAGUUGAUCCCCAGUAAGAUCCACUGCAGCAAUUGGGUCGCUUCUUUCCUGAAGCGGGAAAUUUGAAAUGUGUGAUUUCUAUAAUACAUUGUGCAGAAUCAGAUAAUUGUCAAAGAUACAUGGUUCUUCUUGCUAUUUAUGGUUCAUAAUUUGGGAGCCAGUUGGCAUGUCGGGGCAACCGCCCCCACUUGCCCAUAUCUAGUUCACAAAUGGGAUUAAUGGAUGAUUCUUUAGAGAUAAAAAUUUACACUAUAAGAGGAAUGAUUAGUGUUCCAGUUGGAUAGUUAUUUGACUCUUCCAAAGGACAUUCCAAUUAUUCCUCUUUAAUAGUUAAUUUUAUUCAGUUGACUUCUAUAAUUUACUUAGUUGUUGCUUGUGGCUACAUUCUUUAUAUUUAUUUGACUUUAAUAUGUUUGAACUACCAAUAAUGAAAUGAAAAACAUAUAGUACUGACUUAGUCAUU